CCGUUCCUCCCCUCCCCCCCGCCUCGCCCUCCUUCUUCCGCCACCGCCUUCCGCAGGCCGUUUCCACCGAGAAAAAGGAAUCGCAUCGUAUGUCCGCUAUCCAGAACCUCCACUCUUUCGACCCCUUUGCUGAUGCAAGUAAGGGUGAUGACCUGCUUCCUGCUGGGACUGAGGAUUAUAUCCAUAUAAGAAUUCAACAGAGAAACGGCAGGAAGACCCUCACUACUGUCCAGGGGAUUGCUGAUGAUUAUGAUAAAAAGAAACUAGUGAAGGCGUUCAAGAAAAAAUUUGCCUGCAAUGGUACUGUAAUUGAGCAUCCAGAAUAUGGAGAAGUAAUUCAGCUACAGGGUGACCAGCGUAAGAACAUAUGUCAGUUCCUCGUAGAGAUUGGACUGGCUAAGGACGACCAGCUGAAGGUUCAUGGGUUUUAAGUGCUUUUGGCUCACUGAAGCUUAAGUGAGGAUUUCCUUGCAAUGAGUAGAAAAAUUCCCUUCUGUCCUUUGUCACAAGUUUAAAAAACCUCACAGCUUGUAUAAUGUAACCAUUUGGGGUCUGCUGUUUAACUUGGACUAGUGUAACUCAUUCUUGUAAUAAACUGAAAAGAGCCUUGCUGUCUAA